AUGGGCCAGCGGCGCCACGGCGAUCAGGUUCCGGUGCUCAUCCUUCAUGGCGGAGCAGCAAAUAGCCACGCCAUGUAUCGUCAGGCAAACUUUGUAGCGAAAACGCGGCAUGUCAUCUUGCACGACACACGAGGCCAAGGCCGCAGCCCAUACAAAGGCUUCACCUCCUUCCACUACGACGACAUGGCGCGCGACGUCAUCGCGAUCCUCGACCACCUGGAGAUUCCCCGCGUGGCCGUCUUCGGCUGGAGCGACGGCGGCAUGACGGGCCUGAAUCUCGCCAUGAACUACACUGAGCGCAUCGACCGGCUUUUCGCGUACGGCGCGCAGAUCCACUACAACCAGACGCACUUCCCUGGCAGGGACGAUCCGAUCAUCACCUCCGAGACCGGGACGCUUGAGAGCAAUUUCGAGAAUAGUGGCGUCACGCCCCCUGAGAAGGAGGUGGAACAGCGGCAGCUGGGUGGCAUGCGCAAGAGACAGGAGGGCGGCGAGGAAUUCUGGUGUGAGAGUAUCAGUCCCAUGCCCGAGCGCUGUGCGGACAUGUAUGCUGGCGUCCUCGCCAUGUGGGAAUCCGAAACCACCUGGGGUCGCGAAGCCCUCGCCAAAAUAAAGUGCCCCGUCUGGACCGCGAUCGGCGACCAUGACAAGUACGUGCAGCGCAGCCAAGCCGAUGCCAUCGCAGCGUGGACCCCCUUCGCAGGCCAGCUCGUGCUGCCGCAUACGGGCCAUUGGGGCCUGUUGCAGGACUGGAAGGUGCUGAACUUCAUGCUGGAUUAUUUCCUGGAGAUGGAGUUUGAUCAACAGGUACCUUACUACUAG